AUGGCCUCUACUAAAAUUAUUCAGUUGCAAUCCCUAAAACCCGAUCUCCACGAGCGUGCCUGGGUAUCGAUACCACAUCCGAAUCUUCCUCUGAUUGCAACCGCGCACGGAAAGAAUGUCACCGUCUUCUCCCUAUCCACACUUUCUUUACACAGCGUCUUGGCCGAUGGCCACUCACGUUCCGUCCGGAGCGUGUCAUGGAAACCCAACCUGCCGCCGCAUAAUCUAUGCCUCAUCACAGGCAGUUUCGAUUCUUCCGCUGGCGUGUGGCGCUGGGCCAACGGGGGUGACGAGGGCGACGAUGAUUCCGCCGAUGGCCUUGGCAGGGAUAUGACGAGAGGGCCGGGGAAUGAAGAUUCUGUCAAGACUGGCGACUGGGACUACAACCUUGUGCUUGAGGGCCAUGACUCGGAAGUCAAAGGCUGCGCCUUUUCUCCAUCCGGCGCUUACCUCGCAACCUGCUCGCGUGACAAAUCUAUUUGGAUUUGGGAAGACAUAGCCAGUGCUGAGUCCGAGGACGACUGGGAAACCAUUGCGGUUCUCAACGAACACGAGGGAGAUGUAAAAGCCGUAGCCUGGUGUCCCGACGUACCUGGGCGCAACAAUGUUGGGCAGCGCUAUUACAGCGUUGACGUACUCGCCAGCGCCAGUUAUGAUAACACAGCACGAAUCUGGCGCGAAGACUCUGAUGGGGAGUGGGUCUGCGUCGCUGUCCUACAGGGACACCAGGGAACGGUUUGGGGAGUAGAAUGGGAACCACAGCCAAAAAAUGAUGAAUUUCCUAGACUCAUGACAUUUUCGGCCGAUGGAACGAUCCGUGUGUGGACGCUUGAGCAAGAGAAAGAGGAACAGUGGAAUUGCACAGCCGUGCUGCCCAAAGUACACGACAAGGACGUAUAUUCGGUUACAUGGAGCGCUGAUUCUGGCCUUGUAGCCAGCACCGGGAGUGAUGGCAUCGUCGCUUUGUACAAAGAAGACAGCGACGUUGUCUCAAACUUCCAGUCUGCCCCCGAAAAUAACGCGCCUAAUGACUCUGCAGGCUCGAAUCACGAUAGCUCCGCCGUCAGUGGUCCACAGUGGCAGCUUUUGACCACGGUUCCCAACGCCCAUGGCCCCUACGAGAUUAACCAUAUCACCUGGUGUAAGAGACACGAUGCGGGUUCGACGAGAAGAGGUGAGGAGGAAAUGCUAGUCACCACGGGCGAUGACGGAGUAGUCCAAUCAUGGCAAGUGGAUGUGAAAUCUCCAUAG